AUGUCUUCUUCUCCCUUCUUACGUGUUUGGCAGCCAGAUCUGUUCAAGGACAAGGUUGCCUUUGUCACCGGCGGCUCGGGCACUAUCUGCAAACGCCAAGCCGAAGCCCUCGUCACUUUGGGCUGUUCGGUAGCAAUAAUCGGCAGAAACACACAGAAGGCGACCACUGCAGCCUCUGAGCUGAACGAACUACGAGAGGACGUCCGGGCAAUAGGCAUCGGCGACUGCGACGUGCGCAAGCUGGACGAUCUGGUUCGCGCCGUCCAGAAGACUGUGGACGAGCUGGGCCGGAUCGACUUUGUCAUCUGUGGGGCGGCUGGGAACUUCAUCGCCGAUUUCAACUCCCUAAGUGCCAAUGCGUUCAAGACCGUUGUGGAUAUCGACUUGCUGGGCUCGUUCAACACGGUGAAGGCAUGCUACAGCGAACUAAAGAAAAACAAAGGCGCGGUCCUAUUCGUGUCUGCAACCUUCCACUACUACGGUGUGCCGUUCCAGGCACAUGUGGGUGCUGCCAAGGCAGGUGUUGAUGCCCUGUCCAACGCUCUGGCCGUUGAAUUGGGACCGAUCGGUGUCCGUGUGAACGCGAUUGCUCCAGGUGCAAUUGGCAACACAGAGGGGUACAGAAAGCUUUCUUCGGGGUCUCCAAUGCAGAAAAAGAUUCCUCUACAGAAACUGGGCUCCACAGACGACAUUGCGCAGGCGACCAUCUUUUUAUUCAGCGACGCUGCGCAGUACAUCACCGGUACCGUGCAGAUAGUCGACGGGGGGUUCUGGCACAUGGGGCCCCUUGUGACGACUGAGCUGUAUCCGGAACAACUACUGAAACGGCUUGCAAGCAAGCCAAAACUAUGA